AUGCAGCCUACUGGCAUGCUCGGAGAAGAUGGCAUCCAUGUCGAUAUGAACCACCUGAAGACAGGAGAGGUGAAUCUAGGAACGUCCAUCAUGGCCAUCAACUUCAGAGAUGGAGUCAUAUUAGGGGCGGAUAGCAGAACGACCACCGGCGCAUACAUCGCAAAUCGAGUCACAGACAAGCUCACCCAAGUCCACGACACGAUAUGGUGCUGUCGAUCAGGCUCCGCAGCCGACACUCAGGCCGUCGCAGACAUUGUUCACUAUCAUUUGGGCAUGUACGGCAUCACAAACGACGAGCCCCCAACAACACAGACAGCCGCAGCAAUGUUCCAAGAGCUGUGCUACGACAACAAGGACCAGUUGACGGCGGGCAUGAUCAUUGCGGGCUACGACGGUCGGCAUGGAGGCCAAGUGUACUCGAUACCGUUAGGCGGCUCCCUACACAAGCAGCCCUACGCCAUUGGGGGCUCAGGUUCGACGUACAUCUACGGAUACUGCGACGCCAACUGGAAGGACAAUAUGACAGAGGCUGAAGGCGUGAACUUCGUCAAGGGUGCCCUGCAAGAAGCUAUCAAAUGGGACGGCAGCUCGGGAGGUGUGAUUCGGAUGGUAGUUCUGACGGCGAAGGGUGCGAACCGCCACCUGUACCUGCCGGAUCAGCAGUACGAGGGGCCCGGAAUGAACUGAUGUAGCUGGGUGGCAUGGGAUGCGUUGCUCGGCUGCCACAAUGGCGUCCUGGAGUCGGUAUAGUAAAUUAAGAAGACUCCAAAUGCAAACGGUGCCUCAGCACAGCUUUGUGUACACCUUGUUUGUCAACGACAAGGUGCUUUGACACGCUUCCAUAUCGAGAGAAAAAGACACUCGUUAUUUCAAGCAACCUAUAGACUCGCUGGGACACCUCAGAGGCGGUGUUUCUACUUAUGGGAUGAUUCUAAUACUUCUAGUAGGGUAAAAAGGCACUAGAAAGAGUGGCAGAAGAGUACACAGCAAGAUAGAACGAGAGACUG